AAAAAAUAAUAAGUGGAAUGAAAAGAAAUAUCCUGGCCAAUAUUUCUGAUCUGGAAAUACACCUUUUGAGAACUCCAGUCGAUACGGUUUCUGGUUAUUUAUAAUCGGUGGAUUAUUUAAUUCGAACGACGAGAAGAAACUAAGACGUUUAAAACCGUUAAAAGCGUUAAUACGGGUGUGGUUUAAAAAGGAGAGGAGAGCAAACCAGUACAACACGAGCUGGGAAGGAUCUGUGGGAUCUAUUGGGAUCAAUUGGGAUCUGGUUUAAUGAUAGUGCGAUGCGAUUCCAUUAGGAUGAAGUUUCUAAUCAUUUUAAGCCUCACGUUUUCCCCUUUUUGGGUGAAUUGUGGACUGAAUCCUAGAUCUGCUGAGACGGAGCUGAGAACACAGAAAGAUCAGGAAGAGUUUGAAAGCCUAAGCUCGAUGCUGGAAGACUUCGAGGUGCUUCCUGCAUCCAGUUUGCAGCAGCACUCUUUAAGGAAGAGAGACGUCAGCUCGCCGUCACACGUCGAACGUCUCGUCAGAUUCACAGCACUGAAGAGGCAUUUCGAGUUGUACCUGACCACGAACACUGAGCUUUUCACGGACAAUGUUAAAGCAGUGUUUGUUGAUGCUGAAGGGAGGGAGGAGAAUUACGAUAUUGAAAUGCAAAAUUACUUCAGAGGGCAUGUAGUAGGUGAGGAGUUUUCCCGGGUGCAGGCCCACAUGGAUGGAGAUGACUUCUCAGCACAUAUCCUCACUGAUGAAGCUGAGUACAACGUAGAGCCUUUAUGGAGGUUCACAGAAAAAGCUCCAGACAGCCGUCUGCUGGUCUACCGCUCUGAAGACAUCAAGAACAUUAGUCGACUCGCCUCCUCCAAAGUAUGUGGCUACGUCAACGCUGAGGCUCCACGGUUGCUUCCUGAAGAAGCCAGAACAGCUGCAGAGGCACAGAAGGAGAGAGAAGCUAAACAGAGAGUGCGGAGACAGACACACAACCCCAAGAAGAACACUUGCACGCUGCUAUUGGUGGCUGACUACCGCUUCUACAGGCACAUGGGUCGUGAAGAGGAGAGCACCACCCUCAACUACCUGAUCGAGCUGAUCGACCGAGUGGAUGAUAUCUACAGGAACACGUCAUGGGAUGAUGAGUUUAAAGGCUACGGUGUACAGAUUCAUCAGAUCAUCAUAAACAAGGAUCCAACCAAAGUGUCUCCAGGACAGCUUCACUAUAAUAUGGAAGGCAGUCCACGACCAAAAAACAACCAAGUGUGGGAUGUAAAGAAGCUUCUAGAACAAUUCAGUCAGGACAUAGCAGAUAACGCCUCAGCCGUGUGCCUGGCUCACCUUUUUACCUACCAGGACUUUGAUGAAGGAACUCUUGGACUUGCAUAUGUAGCCUCCUCCAGAGACCAGGCUUUGGGAGGACUCUGCUCAAAACCAUACUUUCCCUCUACAACAGUAAAAAAAGCCAGCUACUUGAACACUGGCUUAACCAGCACUAAGAACUACGGCAAGACCAUUCUCACCAAGGAAGCAGACCUGGUGACCACCCACGAGCUUGGGCACAACUUCGGAGCAGAGCACGACCCAGACAACAUCGCUUACUGUGCUCCAAGCGACGAGCAAGGAGGCAAGUUUGUAAUGUACCCCAUCGCUGUGAGUGGAGACCAUCCUAACAACAAGCGGUUCUCCAACUGCAGUAAAGCCUCCGUGAGCAGGACCUUGAGGGUCAAGGCUCCACAAUGCUUCAAGGUACGCACCAGUAAUUUGUGUGGCAACUCUCGGGUUGAAGAAGGAGAGGAAUGUGACCCCGGGCUCCUCCAUCUAAAAGAUGACCGCUGCUGUACAGCCAACUGCAAGCUGAAAAAGGGCCUACAGUGCAGUGAUAGGAACAGUCCGUGUUGUUCCAACUGCAUGUUCCAAGAACCUAAUAAGAUCUGUCAGGAGUCCAUCAACGCUACCUGUAAAGCAAGUUCAUCGUGCACAGGCAACAGCAGUGAGUGCCCACCUCCUGGAAAUCUGCCUGAUUCUACAGAGUGUGUGGAUAGAGGCCGAUGCCGUGGAGGCGAGUGUAUUCCUUUUUGUGAGGCAACACAGAAUCUUCGAUCUUGUGCAUGCAAUGAAACAGACAGCUCGUGUAAAGUAUGCUGUAAGAACCCAAAUGGACUCUGCACUCCUUUUAAAUUUGAAAACGGAGAUUAUCUGUACCUGCGGAAGGGGAAGCCCUGCACCGUGGGAUUCUGCGAUGGCCAUGGUAAAUGCAUGAAGCAGGUCCAAGACGUCGUUGAGAGGUUGUGGGACUUUAUUGACAAGCUGGACAUCAACACCUUUGGGAAGUUUCUGGCUGAUAAUAUAGUGGGCUCUGUGGUUGUCUUUUCCCUCCUCUUCUGGAUCCCUCUGAGUAUUCUGGUGCACUGUGUGGACAAGAAGCUGGACAGACAGUAUGAGGAGAACUCCAAGUCUCUAAUAUAUCCUAGUAAUAUGGAGAUACUGAGCAGCCUGGAAGGGGCUCCCAUGCGCAUCAUCAAAGCCCCACCUCCUCCUCCUCCUCCUUCUGUUUCAGCUGCGCGACCCGUACAGGGACACCCCAGCGGCAGCAGCACCUCUCCGCCUACAAGCUCCUCUUCCGAGCCCAGAGCGGAUCCUCCGCGUAUGGCCACCAUCGAGGAGGACUCCAGUGGUGACUCUCCACCAGGGACAGCCUUCCCCCCGAGCUCUGCGACAGCCAAGUCGUUCGAGGACCUCACCGAACAUUCACCACUAAACCGUCAAAACAAGCGACUGCAGAGACAAGCACGUAUAGAGAGUAAAGAGACAGAGUGCUGAGAGAGACAUGCCUCAUCAAUUUACACUAUUUACACACACACACACACACCCCAUCACAAGUAUGCACUUUGGUACACAACAAACGAAUGAGCCUUUGUAAAGAAUCCGUUUGGAGACGAUCCAUCCACGGUAUACUCUAGUGCAGGUGUAUUGUGCUGACUGCUAAGUAUUUUUCAGAUGUUAAAAUUUUAGUGUAAAUUAUAAAUGUAUUUUUAAAAUAGAAGUGCAGAAAAAUAAUGUAUAAAUUGUCUGAGGCUGCAGUCCACAUGCCUGGAUAUUAAAUGUGCCAUCUGUUGCUUGUGAGAAGACACACAGUUCUCUUUUUUGUUCCCCCGAUCGCGCCCCCAUGCGUUAAAACGUAUUGGUUACCUUUUAGGAAAAAGGAGCCGUGCUGAGCAGCGCUCUGGGUCGGGGCUAAUUUCAGGGUCAGAAAAAAUGUAACCUGAAAUGAGUAGCCAGAUGCAUCGCAUGGCCUUGCGAAUUUGUAUUAGACUUUAUACUUUUAAGCAUUACAAACUGCACCUUUACAUUAUAGAUAGGAUGCAAUGAAUAAUGCAAAAAAGUGCCUUGUAGAACAGCUUCUAUGGAAACCUCACUGGAAUAAAAAAGACAGAAAAAGCUGGAAUAGAUAGUGAAAUGCCUGGUGUGCACAUUGUAUCUGGAUUCUUUACAUAGAAGUAUUCUUCUUUGCACUUCAUUUUGUACGUGAUCGCUCCAUAUAUAUUUGAUUAAAGUGCAGCCUUAAAGACGCAGGUUUAGAAUAAUUCUCCUUUAAAUAUUCAUCCCUGGCAAGUAAUCCAGACCUACUCGGCUCUGUAUUCGUGUUCGGUCCUGUGUUUUUGUUACUUCUACUAACUUCUUAAAAAGGAGAUUUAUUAUUUGACUUAAUUAAAAUGUUCCUCUUAACCCUUUGCCAUUCCUCUGUCUGCUCUGCUGUAGCAGGUCACGUUACUACGCUUAAGAUUUUCUGUUUUGUAAACUGCCUGGAAAUUUGAACUGGAAGACUCUGUGAAAUCUAUACACUGAAUUCUGCUUGAGACACACAGUUGUGAACCCACAUAAACAUAUCCAGUGUUAAAGUGUGUUUUUCAGGUUUGGCCAUAUGUGGACUCCUGUGUAUGUGGUCUGUAGUGACUCCUAAGCUGUUUCAGAGACCAGAUAACACGGAUUUAUGGAUGUGAAUCUACAUAAAUGUCAUUUUAUUGUUGAACCAGUUUAUUGACUGUAGAACAUGUUUGCUAUGCUGUGCAUUGUUCAGUCAUCUCUACAUUGUGCCUUUCUCUUGAUGUGUUUUAGAACCAUUUUGUUAUGUAUGAAAUGCCACAUCUCAUUUAUACCACUGUGUUACUCAAGUGUUGUUCAUUAUGGCUUAGUGAUACCCAGGUCAUAAAUGAUUAUAUUACUGUGCCAUAAACCCAUGGAAUCCUGCUUUUCAUGGUGUUUAACUGUUGCUUCUAGAUGUAUAUAUCUUUAUAUACCUACAUUGUAUUUACUUACACAAGAAUAAACUGGACCUCUA